AUGCCUUCGCUAAUCUCUACAAUCGAAGACUUUUCCCCAGUAAUCAUCUACUCUCCUGAUUGGAAGCAAGGCUCUAGCCAAUCGGAUAACCUUGCGAGCAGCUAUACUAGUUCGAGUUUUUUCGCAACCAGUACUAGUGGAGGCACAGCUUCUUUCACUUUCAACGGUACAGGAAUAGAACUGUUCGGUUCGAAACGAGGGAAUCAUGGCCUCUAUCAAGUCUCGAUUGACCGGACAACUUUUCCUGCUGCCUCAGGAGAAGCUACGGAUCCGGGUAUCUUCCAGACGUCCCUUUUUUCGAAGACGGAUUUAGAGCAGGGACUGCAUACUGUGGUUCUGGAAAAUCAGGGAUCUGCGGGGCAGUUUGUCGACUUGGAUUUUAUCACUUGGCAUGGUAAUAUUGGGCAAAGCAACGAGCAAUUAUUAGUCACCACCGUUCAGGAUGAUGAUCCUUCAUUUGUGUAUUCACCUAGUAGUGCUUGGUCUGAUACUCCGAGUGAACUUGGUUUCUUUUCGGGUAGUUCUGGACAUUUGACUUCAACUCCUGGUGCAUUUUUCACUUAUGAAUUUCAAGUAAGCUCAAGAGACGGUGUUUCAUUGUAUGGUCCCGUGGGCCCAGCCUAUGCUCCCUUUUCCAUCCAAUUAAACGGGGAUUUGUUGAGCUUUUCAGCCCAGAAAAGCAUGAAUGCGUCGCAAACCCUUCUCUAUCAUGCGGAUGGUCUUGGUCCAGGAUCCCACACCCUGAAGUUACUUUUUGAGCCUUCAGCUGCAGGUCAAAUGUUCGCGGUUGAUUUCGCUCAAGUUUACACGACGCCCUCAAUUGCGAACAGGUGA